GAAUGUGAAACGGAUCGUACUCUUCAUUUUUCUUUUAAUAUUAAUUUAUUUUAAGGCAAAAAUUAGUUAACUUUUGACGAAAACUUGCAUAUGCUACCUAUGCAUUAGAUUCUCGAAUAAUUUGGUGAAAUUCGAUUAUAUUACGCACGGAAAAGCCGAAAAUUGUAACAUUUCUCAGAAUGGAGCAAGUUUUGAAUGAUAUGCUACACGAAAUGCAAUCUGCAAAUACCGCAGAAGCAAGUGAAACCGAAGAAUCAGAAAAUCAACUUCCAGACGUAGCAAACGAUGAAGAAGAGCCUUGGUGCAGACUUUUCAAAAAGCGUCUCAUUUAUCAGGGAGAACGACACAACAUCUUAUAUCCAGAUACCGAACGAGACUUUUUGGAUAUUCGCGCUCCACAAUUCCGAUUCGGACGUGAUCACAAAUGCGAAUACGUUUUCGAUAAACCGGAAAAUUUGGAAAUGAAGUGGUUUCUUCGUGUCUCAAAAAUCCACUUUGUUAUGUACAAAGACACAACAUCCGAAGAUUCGCCAAUCAUCAUCAAGGAUUUGUCAAAGAAUGGAACUUUUGUAAAUGGGAAAUUGGUAGGACAAAAUCAAAUUCAAGUUUUGCUGACGGGCGACGUCAUUGGAGUUGCGGCACCACACAUAAGGUUAUUUGAUUUUCGCGAUUUUAUUGUGCGUGAACAUCCAAGUGCACCAAAAGAUUUAAAGGAAAAUUUUUUGAUAAGCAAGAAACUAGGAUCUGGAGCAUUUGGCGUCGUAUACAAGGUACUUGAUCGCAAGAUGAACCCGUUUGCAGUCAAAUUCAUUGGAUCGCAAGGAGAGUCUUCAUUCUCAGAGCAGGAAAUCAAUAUCGUGAGAAACAUCAAGCAUCCUUGCAUCAUUGAUACUAUUGAUUUUAUCAACAAUGUGGAUGGAUGUUAUUUGAUUCUUGAGUACAUGGGUGGCGGAGAUCUUCUAAGUCGUAUUGUCAACUGUCCCGAAGGACGUUUGUCCGAAGAACAGAGCCGCUGCAUUAUGUUCCAGAUUGCCGAUGCAAUAAAGUAUUUGCACAGAAAGAAGAUUUCGCACCGCGACAUUAAGCCUGAGAAUAUUCUGUUAAAAACGGAUGAAGCCUUUACUUUGACAAAACUUACGGACUUUGGCCUCUCCAAAUGGGUUCACAGUGGAACUUGCUUGCGUUCCCUGCUCGGAACUCCAAACUUUACGGCACCGGAAAUAUUGGACAAAGAGAUUCCCGUGUACACAUCGAAGGUUGAUGUGUGGUCGCUCGGCGUGACUCUAUUCGCAAUGCUAAGUGGUUCAUUGCCGUUUGCCGAAGAAUAUGGUGAUCUCCGUGAUCAGAUAGCAAACGGACGAUUUCAGUUUUUGUCACCAUUUUGGGGCUCGACAUCCACAGCAUCCAUGCGCCUUAUUAGCUCAAUGCUGAUUGUGGACGCCGAACAACGAAUUGACAUAGAUGAAAUAUUCGAACGAUCCUGGAUGGAUCCCAAGUACAAUGGCAUUAAAAUGGCCAAGAAAUUGAUGGGAAUUACCAAGAAACGUAAUUUUCGUUUUCCUCGUUUACGAAGCGGCCUUCGCAAAAUCGAACUUGAUGUCGAACAAGACCUAGCUUACCCACAACCCCCUCAAAAAAAAGUUCGACAUUGAAUAUCGCCAAUUUAUCCUAAUAUAGUAAUAUAGUACAUAAUUAUCAAACACAACGAAAAUUUUACUAAACAGUAAUAUCUAAUAGUUAUAUGUAUUUAAACUAUGUACUGUGUAUGUAACUACUUUGUAACUGAAUUUGGUCGUUACAAACACUUGAUGUUAACUCUUAUACAUACUAAAUAAAUUAAUAAAUUAA